AUGUGCAUCACUUUAGUGCGUGGACAUCAUCGUUCGGUGCUUCACCUUAUUGCCUUCGUGUUCACAGGCAUUGAGCAAUGUUCUUCUAACGAAUAUGUUAGAAAUUGUCGUGAACACGUGCCUUCGGAGAAUCACUGUCCCCUGGUAAAUUUGGACACCAACAUUGGCCGACCUCGACAAUUUCAAUUUUUACUGGCGAGUGGCUCUCGUUUUCUUCCCAUACAUUAUUGGCUAGAGCACAAAUUUUCUGACCGGAAGGUCCGUGGUUCGAACCCGACCUCUGCCUCUCGGCUUUCCUUGUCUAGGCUUGGGCAAUCUGGCAAUAUCCCAGACCUCGUGCUUCUUUCGGGUGGCAUGGCAGCUAAGUACUGA